AUGCGGUCCGUGAAACGUGGACUGCGGACGGACAAGACGGAAAGAAAUCGGAAGCCACGGAGAUGUGGACGCGGAGAAGAUUAUCGAAAGCCGGUUAGACAGGAACGGUAAGUAAUGUAUAAGACGAGUGCGCGCGAAAAGGAUUCCGCCAGGGAUUAGAUACGGGAAUGAGGUGGAAAAAAUGUGCGGCCACUUAUCGACGCAUAACCCGUGCGCGACGGACACGCUCGAAGGGCGGACGCGAAGGAAGGAAAAGACCGUGUUUGGUAUUCGGAAGAAACGACGAGGCAAGGUGGCCGUAACAGUUGCACAGCCACGAGAACAUUGAAACGAGAAGAACGGAGAACCGGGUCCGCGGCGAGACGAGGCGGCGCCGUCAAGAAAGGGUCUAACGCGUGUGUGUGUGUGUGCGUGUGUAUAAACGUGACGCGUUCGCUCGUUUCGCCUCGGAUUUCGCAGCCCGCGUCGAUGUACGAAAAAUCCGUAACGAGCGUUACGCGUUGCGUCGUUACGCAUGCGCACGUAUGUGUGCCGCAGAACGCAGACUUCCGAGACGGAUCGCGGCGGAUCGCACGUACGGCGGUACGCCGGCAGCAUGGUCGGCGGGCGCGGCGAAUAAAUGUUAUCGCCGAAAACGGAUCGCGCGCGCGUCACGGCCGCGGUGAAAGCGGGCCGACCGGGGACCGUCGGUAACGGCCCGUUCGGGGGCAACGGGUCGGCGCACCGGAAACCGGGUGGGUAGGCGAGGGCGUACGCCGCGAGGGCCGUUUCGUCGCGGCCGUCGUCUACCGCGGAACGGCGGGACACCGUCGGCGAGCGCGGCGAUGUCGCCGGACGUCGGGCGCACAGGCGACGCCCGGACGGAAUGUAAACGACGCGGCUUCGGCGCUGCGCCGCCUUCUGCGCAAUAUAUUGUGCGCGCCUUGAUGCCCGUAAUCGGAUCAGCGGUCCCGGGGUUCGCGCGCGGCUCGUCGUCGGAUUAUUUUUCGCAACGUCCGCCGUCGUAUUAAAUUAUCCUUCGCGGAUAAGACGGCGGCGGCGGCGGUGACGAAACGGCGACGUAUUAAUUUUCGCGAUUUAGACUUUCGGUAGCGCCGCACGGCCGUCGGGGCGAAAAAACGGACGGCCCGAGCACCCCGAGAAUUCGCCGUGGACGCGCGUUUGCGCUCGGAGCUCAGACUCCGCGGACCGGAGCGAAAAACGCGUACGUCCGCCGAGAGACGCGCUCGUCUCGUUUUUUCGGUUCGAUUUUGCCACGUAUUCGAACUCCGAUGAUUUUCGACAUUGUCGGGUUUAAUCCACGCGUCCAACGGCCACACCGAUGUUUCCGAGUGCUUUCACGGCGUUCGGGGUGCCGCGGCGAGACCGACUUUGAUAUCCCAUAUGAGAACGCCGGUGUUUCAACCGUAGAUCCGAUGUGUUUUCCGGAAACGUUAACGUACCGAUUUCAAUCGAAAUUCAGACGAAAAGAUUCCGAGUGGAUUCCGCAUUAUUUUUCGUUAAACCGUAAUUAUAUUCAAAACUAUCGUGGAGCGCCGUACGGCCUCCUCGUUUACUUUCUAAGAGCUCCGUAAAAAAAAAAAAAACCUAUCAACUAAUUUUACAAAAAGCGUAGAAACGAAACCCGUAUCGGUCGCAUAUUUCGAACGAACGAAAUGACGAUAACAAUAAAUACGCAUUACGCAGUUACGUACCUAAUCGUGGAUAUUAACGCGUAUUGUUACGACCGAAACCCGACUGUAAAUUCAGGUGCACAACAUUGUCCGCGUAACAAGUUUAUACGUUCAAAAUAACUCUCCGGGUAAUGUCAAAUGGCUUAAAUAAAACGUGUCGUAUACACGCAGUGUGAAAUACGUGGAUCGGAUUUCGCUGAACGGUUCCCGAAAUGUUGAACAUAAAACGACGGUAUUUAAUUCGGACGAAAAGAGAAAACGAAUUUAUCAUUUUUUUGGGCGAAAAGAGAAGGGUCGUUUCUGGGCGGUUUCGUCCGUAAUAGGCGGCGUGUUACCCGACGCCCGCAUUAGACCGAAUCCGCGGCGCAAUUAAAAAAAAAAAAACCGUGUCGAGUUGCACUCGACACGUUUUUUCUCCUCGACAAUCUGAUCUUUUUCGGGACCCACGUCUUUUUCUCCUCCUUCGUCUUCGACCCGACUACGGGCCCGCACGCAUUCAUUAUAAACAGCCGUCGCCGUCGGCUCGUCAAGAAAAUCGAUCCGACCGUUCUGACGAACCCGUUGAGCCGGCUCCAGUACCUGGCCGUGGACUACGACAUCGCGGACGGCAAACGCUACGUGUACGUGUCGGACGCGGCCCGCCGGGCGGUGAUCGCGUACGACGUGGCCCGGUCGAAGGGCGCGCGGCCGGUGUUGCCCGAAGAGCUGGCGGCCCACCGCGCGAGACGCGGCGUCCGGUCCGCGGGCGGCGGCCCGUCGUCGCUAAUCGUCACGCGCCCGUCCCGGACCAACGUGUUCGCGGUCCGGACCGAAUACAUGCGCGCGGGUUCGGCCGGCAACGUCGCCGACUUGGGCGCCAAACCGGACAAAAUGGUAACGGCGUCGACGGCGGUAUUAGGCGGCCGCGCGAGUGUAACGCCAGGUUUUCGGGUUUCGGGCGAUUCUGGGCACGGACGGCGGCACCGCGCUGUUCUUCGGGUACGAUUCCGCGCCCGCGGUGUACAGCCGGGACGUGACCAAACCGUUCGUCACGGGCGAUUUCGCGCCGAACACGGUCGGCUGUGA